AUGACGUCGCUUUACGCCAUCAGCAUUCCGGUUCUGGCCAACGUCCUCAAGGUCACGUCCACCAUCCUCAAGAAGGGCGAGCAAUGGGCCAAGGAGCAGAAAAUGUCCAGCGCUGACCUUCUGGCCCUUCGCAUCUACGACGACAUGCUCCCGCUCGGCAUGCAGGUCUGGAUCAACGUCGUCACGACCAAGAAGGCCAUCGAGCGCCUCACGGGCACCGCGCCGCCGCAGAUCGAGGGCCGCGAGAAGACCAUCGAGGAGCUGUACGCCAUGAUCGACGACACGCUCAAGGAGCUCGCACAGGUGAAGAAGGAGGACGUCGAUGAUAGGGACGGGGUUGAGGUGCCUUGCGUCUUCGGCAAGAACGAGUACAAGACGAGCCUGGUGGAGUAUGUGCACGGAUACCCGAUCCCGACGGUCUACUUCCACCUGAACAUGAUCUAUGCUAUUCUGCGGGGCAAGGGCGUCUCGCUGGGCAAGAUGGAUUACAUGGAGGAGUUCAUGGCUCCGUUCACCAAGAUAAACUAG